GAAAGAAAGAAAGACACUUAAUAAGUGUUGGUGAAGAUAUGGAGAAACUGGAACCCUCAUGCACUGCUAAUGAGAAAUUAAAAUGGUACAGCUCUAUGAAAAUCAGUCUGGCAGUUCCUCAAAAAAUUUAAACAUAGAGUUACCAUAUAACCCCGCAAUUCCACUUCAGUACAUACACAAGAGAAAUAAAAAUAUAUGUCCAUACAGAAACUUGUACAUAAAUGUUCAGGGCAGCAUUAUUCAUAAUAGCCCAAAAGUGGAAACAACCCAAAUGUCCCUCAGCUGAUGAAUGGGUAAAUGAAUGUAGUAUAACCAUUCAGAGGAAUAGUAUUCAACCAUAAAAUGGAAUGAAGUAGUGAUACAUGCCGCAAUAUGGAUGAGCUUUCAAAACAUUAUAGUAAGUGAAAAAGGCCCAUCACUGAAGGUCACGUAUUGUAUGAUUCCACUUGAUGAAAUGUCCAGAUUAGGCAAAACCAUAAAGACAGCAAGUGGAUUAGCAGCUGCUGGAAGAUGGAGGGAAACGGGAAAGGGAUUGACAGCUAACAAGUAUGGGAUUUCUCUUAGGGGUGCUGGAAAUGUUCUGGAAUUGAAUAGCAAUAAUGGUUGUAAAUAUUGUGAAUAUGCUAAACACUAUAGAAUUCCACAACUUAAAAUGGACAGUUUUUUGUUACAUGAAUUUUAUCUCAAUUUAAAAUCAUCAUCGUCAUCAUACAUGACUGAUAUGCUAAUCAAAUAUAUUUUUGCUAAAAUACAAAUACAACUUUUUAAACAUUUAUCCUUUAAGAUUCCUUCCAAAUCCAAAAUUAUCUCACUCUAUUCUCAGUGGGACCCAGGGGCUCAGAUGACCCUUAAAUUGUUGACCCCACUUGCUUUGGAGACAGGCCAGGUGACCAGUGUUGGGGCCAGGUUCUGACCUGAGAUCUUGGGUGGGAGUAGGGUUGGGGAUGGGUCAAGCCUGGAAGCCAGGAGGGAAGUAGAGGGAUCAGUCAAUGUUCCCUGUCUCCCUCUGAAACUGUACACAACAAUCUUCCCCUACCUUCCUCUAACUUUCUGGGCAGGGCAGGUGUUUCAGUUUCUUAGAGCACAAAUAUGCAACAGAGAAGCGCCAUUUCUGCCUCAAGACGCACAUAAAGAGGUGUAGAUAUAGAUGCUCUCCAUGUCUAGAUGGAGCCCUCAGGCACCCCAGAGUCCAUCACCAUUUAUUAUGAUUAUCAGAGCCUUCUGUGUGAGACCAAGUCCUUCACCUUUGCCACCUUCAGCACCACCAUCUUGUACUUCCUGGUGUUCCUUCUCAGCCUGGUGGGCAACAGCCUGGUGUUAUGGGUACUGGUGAAGUAUGAGAGCCUGGAAUCCCUCACCAAUGUCUUCAUCCUCAACCUGUGCCUCUCAGACCUGGUGUUCUCCUGCUUGUUGCCAGUGUGGGCCAUGGGGUACCACUGGGGCUGGGUGCUGGGGGACUUCCUCUGCAAGCUCCUCAACAUGAUCUUCUCCAUCAGCCUCUACAGCAGCAUCUUCUUCCUGACCAUCAUGACUAUCCACCGCUACAUAUCAGUAGUGAGACCCCUCUCGUCCCUGCGCGUCCACACCCUCCAGUGCCGUGUGCUGAUGACCACAUCUGUGUGGGCAACCAGCAUCCUGUCCUCCAUCCCUGAUGCCAUCUUCCACAAGGUAUUUCCCGAAGGCUGUCACUACUCAGAAAACAAGUGGUUCCUCACCUCGGUCUACCAGCACAACAUCUUCUUCCUGCUAUCCAUCGGCAUUAUCCUGUUCUGCUAUGUGGAGAUUCUCAGGACCCUAUUCCGCUCAAGAUCCAAACGGCGCCCCCGGACAGUCAGGCUCAUCUUCACCAUCGUGGUGGCCUACUUCCUCAGCUGGGCUCCCUACAACCUGGUCCUGUUUCUACAGACACUGCUGAAACUCGGGGUCAUCCAGAGCUGUGAGCUCAGCCAGCAGAUAGAUUAUGCCCUGCUCAUCUGCCGCAAUGUUGCCUUUUCCCACUGCUGCUUCAACCCAGUGCUCUACGUUUUUGUCGGGGUCAAGUUCCGCAGGCAUCUCAAAAGUCUACUCCAGCACUUCUGGCUCUGCCAGCAGCAGGCACCCAGCACUCCCCCUCACUCCGCGGGUGCCUUCAACUAUGAGGGUGCCUCCUUCUAUUGAAAGGGAGUCUGGUGGUGCCAAUGGAGGUGGACAGAGCUGCUAGAGUGGGAGCAGGAAGAAGCAUCAUGGAGGGCACGCUGGCAAAUGCCAUGGCCAUGACGAUGGGGUGAGAGAAAUAGCUUCCACCUGCAGAGGCUUCAUGUCUCCUCUCCUGCAGACAGUGGCUCCCACCUGGAAACUUUAGAUCACCAUCCAGAAAAACACUUCUUGGAUUCUGAGUUCACCAUCCAUUCCUUCAUGAAUUCAUUCAUUCGGACAUUGCUUAGUCCAGAAGACUUCCAAAACUUGGAAGGAUUCCCAGAAAGGAGGGUCCUUCAAGACUUUAUGAGGUCUGAGACUCAAUGUGUGUGCUAUUUGUACAAAUGCAGGCUGCUGGCAGAUGAUCUGUCCCCUGCUCCACUGCAGGGUUGUGCCAGCUGACUUUGGAGGGAUUGGCUCUGCACUCCUCAGUGACUGCUGGAUGAGACUAUUCUGCAAGGCCAAGAUAAGCACAUCCUCAAAUAACAAGUCAGGACGCAAUCAGGAUUCUGAAAACCCACAAUUAGAUGGGAGACAUGUCCCAUAUCAUAGCUCCAGUGUCUGCCACAUGAAUUGGCACCUGCAUAUUCAGUCCAUAAAUCUUUUGUGGAAAGAAUGAAUGCAAUAAGUGCUACCUUCCACAUGAAGCAUUUAUCUGCAAGACAUAAAGAUAAUGAGAUACUAUUGUAAUCCUACAGGUACCAACAGUCCAGCUCUGAAGGUCCAGAUAAAGAAGUACCCGCCUUGGCUAAGGCAUCCAGGGUAAAGAGUUCUGUAACAUCUCAUCCUCUCUAGUUGGAUAUUGAGCUGAUGCUUUAGAUUCAUCACUGUCCACCUAAAAUGUUCUCCACCUGCCUGGUUGAUGGCACCAGCUUCCUCCAGCCACUAAUGCUCCAAACCUGGGUCAUCCCUAAGUCCUGCAUUUCCCUUCCCCUACUCCCACAGCCCAGUCCUGUGGACUCUGCCUUCUCCAAGGCCCUCAGAGAUAUCCUUGCCUGUGUUCAUCACAUGCCUGUGGUUCCAUCCCCAAUGGCUUUACUUCCUCAGCAUCCUCCUACUGCUCAUCUCUUUCACCACCUAAAAGGCCAGUUCCUCAGGAAGCCCUCCUCUAUCUGUAAAUCAGAAGAGCACUCUCUGGGGUGCUGUGGCACUCUACUUGUCCCCUAUAAAAUAGCAUUUGUCACUCUCCACCAUGUGUCAUAGUUACACUUGUACAUGUCUUAUCAUCCUGCCCCAUUGGACUGCAAACUGUCUGAGGGCAGGAACCUGGUCUUUCUUGCACUCUGCCAAGCACUGGCCCUGGUUUUCUAUCACUAUAUAUUGCAUGGGAGCGAAGAAUGACAAUUGUUAUUAUUCUUCUAAUUUAUGCAUUUUGGAGACCCGUGCCUAGGGAAUAUAGUCUACCUUUCCUGCCCCAGGAUGCUAGUUUAUAGAUAGUUAUCUUUCUUCUUUAGUCUAUACCCUCAGAGCACCUUGUUUAUCCCUCUCAGUGGAAAUAGCUAUACUUGACCUUGCUUUUUAGUUAGUGGUACACAUGCCUGCCUCUUACACUGUCCCAUAGUGUCACAUCCAAGGACAUAGAUAAAACUCACCUUCUAAACUUUCCCAUAUCACACAGACCUGGUCCCAAUCUGACUUAGCUCUGGAGUGGAGCCUUUGGAAAAUCUCCCCAGGUGAUUCUGACCUGCAUUCCACUUAGAUAUAUUUGGCUAUAGGUCCUUGAAAAUGAGAAUUCCAAAGUCUUCCAUAGUCCCUUGAGCAGGGCUUUACACAGAGUAGGCACUCAAUAUAUGCUUACCAAAUAAAGUAGCUACUAUUACAGCCCUCAGCUAGAGCCUAGAGAGCACAAAAGCAUCCACUCCUUCAGCUCCAGCUUCAAUUAUGCAUUUGCAUUUGGGUGGCCAGCCUUGGAGGCAUUUUACUUGGCUGGGAAAGACAGAGGUCUAGUUUUAAGAAUUAGGCCAGUAGCACUUGCUGAAGAGAACUAGGUGGUAACCAACAAAGGGAUAGAGCUCUUAUGGACUUGCCAACUAAUAGCUGAGGACAUCACUUACCACGGAUAGAAAACAGCAAAAGGAAGGAGACAUGAGGUAGUAAUGGGCUCAGAGCUAAGCCCAUAGGCUUCCGAUUGGGGUGAUCAUUCAGUGCCCCUUUCAAACUAAUAUUAUUAAAACUCCAUUCAAUGUUCAUUCAGAAGGUGGGAUGAGCCCAGGGAUGAGAAGAGCAGAAGACUCUUGUUCACACCCUCCAAAAUCAAAGCAGUGUAGCCUUAAUCCCACUCUUCCUAGAAGGCAGGUUUGGAGGUCUUACAUCACUACAGAGUAUGCCUUUUGAGAGGUGUGCUUCAUUAGCUCCUCAUUCCAUCCCAUACCUUCACAUCCAAAGAUGCUUAUCUAAGUAUUUCUUUCAACACAUUUACCCAUACCCCCAAGAGCAUAUCACUAAACACAAGUGUAUCCAUCUUCUUAAAUUUCUAGUGAUGUUUUGUCAUUCCCUGGAGUAGAGAGUAGAGCAUCUUCUCCCAGUCUAGUUCCUUGGGAAGACAAGGAAAGAGGCACAGAGAAGGAAAGGUAUGAAUGGGAUGACAGAGGCACAUUGUAUCAGAGAGGGAACUGUGGGUAAGACUCCUGAAAAAAGCAGCCAGAAAGCUACAGGCUAGUGGCUACUCUCUAUAUACCUUGACCACACCCUCCAUUGGCCACAACCUCUUGCCUUCCCCUCUCUCCACCCACAGAACCAUGAUUCAACCUCAGCUAGUCUCUUGUGGACCUGUCCCUCUCCUCUAGUCAAUAAAAGGUGACCCAACCACAGGGCUACCGACCUCCUGCUGCUUCUGCCGCUCAUCUCAUUAAAAAACCACAGUGAUUCCUAGGGAAGAUGUCUUCACAGCAUUGCUACCUCCCUUUACUCGGACAAAAUCAGGAAAACAGGAACUUUGCUCGUCACUGAAUAGGAACUCUAAGCUCAGGGCAGCCCCAGACCUCAAAUGACCCCAGCCAGAGUAGAAGUUCCUCAAGGGCACAAGCCUCAUAUUGUAGCUCAAGAGUCUCCCUCUGUGCCCAGCAAUGUUUGUGGUUGGUUGAGUCAGUAGAUAAGAGACCAUCUUUUGGGCUUUUUUCUACUUCCGUUUUUUCUUUCCACAUUUGCUUACAUUAUAUCUUCCACCAGGUACCACCUAAUGGCUUCCCAUGAACUCUUCCCUAGGGCCCAUCAGCCCAGACAUUGCCCAAUUGCUGAACUCCUGACAGCUUUCAUUUGUGGAACCUACAUGUGACAGGACAAAGAGGCCCACACAUCUAGAAAAGCACAGCAGAAUAGAUCCCAAAGUAGACUAUCUGAGAAGGCUCUCAGGACCUGAGCCCUAGACCCAAACCCCAAAACUCCUUUACUGACUCACUAUGAUCUUGGGCCUCUCAGACCCUCAGUAUCCUCAUCUGUAAAGCUAUAUAAAUGCCAGUGACGCAAAGACAGACUCUACCCACACUAUGGAGAUGCACAUGAGGUCACAUGCAUAAAAGUACUUGCUUUGCCAAUGAUUCAGCCCCAAAUAGGAAUCACUACUGUAAUCAUCUCAUAAAGACAGAAAGCAUCAUCGUAUCAUAUGCACAAAUUAAAAAUUAGCAUGUAUGGAUGCACCUCUGGCUGUGUUUUCUUCAUUUCUGCCCAACGUCAUUAUAUACAACUCCCAAAAGUUCUCUGCUUAUGGGUGAUCUGGGUUAUGAUUUAGGGUGGAGGGAGGAACACAGGAGGAGGACUGGAUAUUGACCAUGGAGAUACAGAGUAGAAUAAGGGGCACCUGGGUGGCUCAGUAACUGAGCAUCUGCCUUUGGCUCAGGUAGUGAUCCUGGGGUCCUGCAAUCAAGUCCCACAUCAGGCUCCCUGUGAGGAGCCUGC